CUUGCCUACUAAUCAGGAAAUACAAACAAUUUCAGUUGAAAAAAACGAGCAAAGCGCGCCCAUUUCACAAAAAAAUUGCUAACAAUUGGAAAUUCUUUACAAAACUCCCAUCAUGUCAAACUUAAUGGAUAUAUUUCGUGAUAUUGAAGAUCAAAUCGAUGAUCUUCAGCGUGAUACGAAAUUUUGUCUCAACAACUACGACUAUCAUCACAAAAAUAAUGAAUAUGAAAUAUUGAAGAAAAUACAAAAUAUAUUGGAAGAAAGCGCCAGCGAUGGUCCAGAAUUUCAAAUGAAUUUGGAACAAAUGAAGGAAACAAUUCAAGUGGCACAACGCAAAUGUUUGGAGGUGGAUGAAAUCAUCAAAGAUUUGGGCAUAACGAAAUCGGCAAACGAUGGGGGUAGUCACAAUCCAACAGGUAAUUCUCCAACUACUGGUCAUAGUCGUAGUUUUAUUGAAGAGCAGUUGCAGAAUAACAACCAUGAUGAAAAUAAAGAGAAUAUAAGAUAAAGUAAUUAAGAUUUUAGUAGAGCCAUAAAUAUAGGAUUGUGGCCUUAAUCUGUACACUGUCAUGGAGCAUGAUGGCAUAUAAAAAAUAUUGGCACAGAGUGGAAGCUGUUCGCUCACAAACUACAUUUAUAGACAGAUAUUUAUUAAGUAGAACUUAAAUAGUUUUAAAUCACAUCUAAAUUUUGUUUCACAAUUACAUAAAGAAGGUUCUUUUGUUGUAAUCUUAUGCGGAUUAAGGGAUAAACAUUAAUGCAUACCCUUUGGUUGCAAUUUAUGUUGCAAAAUGUAUUAGAAUAAGCCUAAGCAUAGCGAUAGAGUUUAGAAUAUAGUUAAAAUAUUUAAUAAUAAAUGGAAAUAUUUUUAUACCUACAUUACAAA